AUACUACCGUAAUGCUUGGUGUUCGCGUGACCUACAAAACCGCGUGAGUCGCAGUGCGACUCCGACAACAUGCCUCUACCUAACCCUGCUUUAUAAUGAUGGGUGUUGGCCGCACUGAAAUGGAUUGUUACUGAUUUCUAGGUUUGGAUGAGCUGACACAUGGGAUUGGUCCUCCCACACAUACUGUUUCACUUCUUUAUUUCAACUUCACGGCACCUGAUAGGCGCUGAACAGCAUACCGGCAUUCAGCUAAGCUAGCAGCAGCUCGGAGUCGGCGCUAAGCAGUCCGUCCUAUUCUCACAUAGACAACUGACAGUCAUGGCCUCCUCUCCUCCAAACAACUUCUCCUGGGUGGAGCCCGGCAAGCUGGCUGGACUGGCCUUGCCCAGGAUGCCAUGUGAAUAUCGGUACCUGCUGGACAACGGCAUAAAGCACCUCGUUUGUCUUUGUGAGAGGAAACCACCCAACCACGACUCCUGCCCAGAGCUGCAGCUUCACCACAUUAAGAUAGCCGACUUCACUCCUCCGUCACCCAGCCAGAUCGACAGAUUUCUCUCUAUUGUGGAAGAGGCCAACUCCAAAGGAGAGGGCGUGGCCGUUCACUGCAUGCACGGGCACGGGCGCACAGGGACCAUGCUGGCCUGCUACCUGGUGAAGAUGAGGAAAAUCCCCGGGGUCGACGCCAUCAACGAGAUCCGCCGACUUCGCAGCGGUUCCAUUGAAACCCACGAACAGGAAAAGGCUGUCGUCCAGUUUCACCAGCGCACAAAGUAGCUUCAUAAUGACAGCCAACAUUUGAGCCACAUGCAUUAAGGAUUUGGGAAA